CCGGCGGGGUCUUGCGGAGUUGGCGGAGUCUCCUUAGGGAACUGGGGGGCCGAACUGCGUAGAAGAGGGUGGCGGGGAGGAGAUCGGUAAGUGGGAAGCGGAACCUUGGGCCUGGGACUCGUCUCGGCAGAGCCAGGCUAGUGAGCCGGAGCAAAGGACUUCCGAUCCACUCUGCGCUGCAGCGGCACCCUUUUGGGAUUUGAUUUGCAGCAUCUUUGAGCUGGUACCACAAAAAAAAAAAAAAAAAAAAAAAAAAGAGAGAGAGAGAGAGAGAGAGAGAAAAUCCCGCGAAGAACGCCUAGCCUUCCCUUGGCACCCUAAGACAAACCCACUCCCUCCUAGGGACACAGCUGGGCGCGUCCACACCCCCGCAUCCCCUACACCAUGUUGUGCGGAAGGACUUCCACUCCCCGCCUGUGUCGUUGAUGUCAGACCCCAGGCCAGCCUCCGGGCGCUGCAGUUCUCCUGGUUAAUGCUGCGGCUGUGGUUAGGGCUUUAGUACAUAAGCCAGCCAGCCGCCGCCGCCGCCCCCCGCUUCCCCACCCCCGGCCUCAGCGCCCACAGUCUGCAUGUGUGUGCGGUAGCCGGCUGCCCAUCCCGCCGCUCGUGUUCUCCUGGAGCUCUGGAUACCACCGACGGGCAUUUCUCUGCCCGGGGGAGAAGUGGCCUUGGAGGAAUUGAUAUCAGUGGUUGGAUUUUUCCCGUGGAUCUAUCAAUUCACAAUUCGGAUUUGGAAGAAAGAAGGAAAACAUGACGUCUCCAGCCAAAUUCAAAAAGGAUAAGGAGAUCAUCGCAGAGUACGAUACUCAGGUCAAAGAGAUCCGGGCUCAGCUCACAGAGCAGAUGAAAUGCCUAGAUCAGCAGUGUGAGCUCCGAGUGCAGCUGUUGCAGGACCUGCAGGACUUCUUCCGCAAGAAGGCCGAGAUUGAAAUGGACUACUCCCGCAACCUGGAGAAGCUAGCCGAACGCUUUCUAGCCAAGACGCGAAGCACCAAGGACCAGCAAUUUAAGAAGGACCAGAAUGUUCUCUCUCCAGUCAACUGCUGGAACCUCCUCUUAAACCAGGUGAAGCGGGAGAGCAGAGAUCAUACCACCCUGAGUGACAUCUACCUGAAUAAUAUAAUUCCUCGAUUUGUUCAAGUCAGCGAGGACUCAGGAAGACUCUUUAAAAAGAGUAAAGAAGUUGGCCAGCAGCUCCAAGAUGACUUGAUGAAGGUCCUGAACGAGCUUUACUCGGUCAUGAAGACAUAUCACAUGUACAAUGCCGACAGUAUCAGUGCUCAGAGCAAACUAAAGGAAGCGGAGAAGCAAGAAGAGAAGCAAAUUGGCAAAUCAGUAAAGCAAGAGGACCGGCAGACCCCUCGCUCCCCGGACUCCACAGCCAACGUCCGCAUCGAGGAGAAACAUGUCCGAAGGAGCUCCGUGAAGAAGAUAGAGAAGAUGAAGGAGAAGCGACAAGCCAAGUACACAGAGAAUAAGCUGAAGGCCAUUAAAGCCCGGAAUGAGUAUUUAUUGGCUUUGGAGGCAACCAAUGCAUCUGUCUUCAAGUACUACAUCCAUGACCUGUCUGAUAUUAUCGAUCAGUGUUGUGACCUAGGCUACCAUGCUAGCCUGAACCGGGCUCUACGCACUUUCCUGUCUGCCGAAUUAAAUCUGGAACAAUCAAAACAUGAAGGUCUGGAUGCUAUUGAAAAUGCAGUAGAAAACCUAGAUGCCACCAGUGACAAGCAACGGCUCAUGGAGAUGUACAACAAUGUUUUCUGCCCCCCGAUGAAAUUUGAAUUCCAGCCCCACAUGGGAGAUAUGGCCUCUCAACUUUGUGCCCAGCAGCCUGUCCAGAGUGAGCUGGUGCAGAGAUGCCAGCAACUGCAGUCUCGCUUAUCCACUUUGAAGAUUGAGAAUGAAGAGGUAAAAAAGACAAUGGAGGCCACCCUGCAGACCAUUCAGGACAUUGUGACUGUUGAAGAUUUUGAUGUGUCUGACUGCUUCCAGUAUAGCAAUUCCAUGGAGUCUGUCAAAUCAACCGUCUCGGAAACAUUCAUGAGUAAGCCCAGUAUUGCUAAAAGGAGAGCUAACCAGCAAGAGACGGAACAGUUUUAUUUCACGAAAAUGAAGGAGUACUUGGAGGGUAGGAACCUCAUCACUAAGUUACAAGCCAAGCAUGACCUCCUGCAGAAAACCCUGGGAGAAAGUCAGCGGACAGAUUGUAGUCUGGCCAGGCGAAGCUCAACUGUGAGAAAACAGGAUUCCAGCCAAGCAAUUCCUCUGGUGGUAGAAAGCUGCAUCCGGUUUAUUAGCAGACAUGGCCUACAACAUGAGGGAAUUUUCCGGGUGUCUGGAUCUCAAGUAGAAGUGAAUGACAUAAAAAACGCCUUUGAGAGAGGAGAGGACCCCCUGGCUGGGGACCAGAAUGACCAUGACAUGGACUCCAUAGCUGGUGUCCUCAAGCUUUACUUCCGGGGCCUGGAACACCCACUCUUCCCAAAGGACAUCUUCCAUGACUUGAUUGCCUGUGUCACAAUGGACAACCUGCAAGAGAGAGCUGUGCAUAUCCGGAAAGUCCUUCUGGUCCUGCCCAAGCCCACUCUGAUUAUCAUGAGAUACCUCUUUGCCUUCCUCAAUCACUUAUCACAGUUCAGUGAAGAGAACAUGAUGGACCCCUACAACCUUGCCAUCUGUUUCGGGCCCUCACUGAUGUCAGUGCCAGAGGGCCACGACCAGGUGUCCUGUCAAGCCCACGUGAAUGAGCUGAUCAAAACCAUCAUCAUCCAACAUGAGAACAUUUUCCCAAACCCCAGGGAGCUGGAGGGUCCCAUCUACAGCAGAGGAGGAAGCAUGGAGGAUUACUGUGACAGCACUCAUGGAGAGACUACCUCUGCUGAAGACUCCACCCAGGACAUUACAGCGGAGCACCACACAAGUGAUGACGAAUGUGAGCCCAUAGAAGCCAUUGCCAAGUUUGACUAUGUAGGCCGGACAGCCCGAGAACUGUCUUUCAAGAAGGGAGCAUCCCUGCUGCUUUACCAGCGAGCUUCUGAUGACUGGUGGGAAGGCCGGCACAAUGGUAUAGAUGGACUCAUCCCCCACCAGUACAUCGUAGUCCAAGACACCGAGGACGGUGUCGUGGAGAGGUCCAGCCCCAAGUCUGAGAUUGAGGUCAUGUCUGAGCCACCUGAAGAAAAGGUGACAGCCAGAACGGGGGCCAGCUGUCCCAGUGGGGGUCAUGUAGCUGAUAUUUAUCUUGCAAACAUCAACAAGCAAAGGAAGCGUCCAGAAUCUGGGAGCAUCAGAAAAGCAUUUCGGAGUGACAACCAUGGGCUGGGCAGUUCUCUGACUGACUCCUCCUCCCCGGGGGUGGGGGCUAGCUGCCGUCCAUCCUCCCAGCCCAUCAUGAGCCAGAAUCUCCCCAAGGAAGGGCCAGAUAAGUGUUCCAUCAGCGGCCAUGGCAGCCUCAACUCUAUCAGCCGCCACUCGUCCUUGAAGAGCAGGAUGGACAGUCCACAGAUUCGGAAGACCGCCACGGCAGGAAGGUCAAAAAGCUUCAAUAACCAUCGGCCCAUGGACCCUGAAGUCAUUGCACAGGAUAUUGAAGCAACAAUGAACUCUGCCCUGAAUGAGCUUCAAGAGCUAGAGCGGCAGAGCAGUGCUAAGCACACACCUGAUGUGGUUCUGGACACCUUGGAACCCCUCAAGACCUCCCCAGUGGUAGCUCCCACAUCUGAGCCCUCCAGCCCCCUGCACACCCAGCUCCUCAAGGACCCUGAGCCUGCCUUCCAGCGCAGUGCCAGUACUGCCGGGGACAUUGCCUGCGCCUUUCGACCUGUCAAGUCCGUCAAGAUGGCUGCUCCAGUCAAACCACCAGCCACACGGCCCAAGCCAACUGUCUUCCCCAAAACAAAUGCCACUAGCCCUGGUGUCAAUUCAUCCUCUUCCCCACAGCCCACUGACAAGUCUUGUACUGUCUAAGGGGUAUAACAUAAUUAUUCUAGACAAGGAGACUGGCCGUUUUUAAAAUCUUCCUAUUUAACUAGCUUGGGGACUCAGUUGAAAAUUAGGUUCUAAGUUGUUCUUCCAGGAAUUAGCCUUCCCAUUACCCAGACCUUGAGAAUGAAGCCCUUGUUACUGCUUUUCCCUUUCUGGUCCUCCCUCCACUCUCUGCUUCCCUCUGUUUGGAAUCCAACCAGUUCCAGUACAUACUAUUCUUAGGUUAGCCAGUGACAGGUUUUCCAUUAUCGGGUUGUUGUGAUAUCUGCCAAGGCAAGACAUGGGGACACAGGCCUAAGUCCGUCCCUUCAGACCAUAGAGGACACCUUGACCAGAUGUUUGGCUGCAGCUCUCAGUGACAUCUUGUUUUUCAGUACUGAUUUAAAAAAAAAAAAAUCAUAUAUAGCCCAGUUUUCAUUUUAUAUAAAUAUAUAUAUUUGUGUGUGUGUGCACGUGCGCAUGCACACCCAUACACACACACACACACACACACACACACACACACACACACAGGUUUUUCCGGUCUGUGGUGUAGCCUCUCCUGGUCAUAGACCACUCUCUCUUGUGGUGGCAGUUCACACAGAGGCCACCAGGAGUCUCUGUUCUCAUCACAAACUUUGUUCUGUUUGGAACAGAGAAACCUGGCCUUUGGAAUCUCUCUGUAGUAAACGUUUAGUGGAAUGGGACAGUCCUGUGAUCUGAUGUGCGUGCGGUGGGGAUUCCGUCGUCUUCCUCUUGCUGUCAGUCACUGGCUGUUUGCUUUUGCUCUGCUCCAUUCUGCAGAAGUGCAUCCCAGUCUCAUCACGGAGCUUUUGAAGUUUUUCUGAACAUAUAGACUUUUCUUCAGUUCCUGUCUUUGUCUCUGACACACUGUUUUCCAUGUAAGAUGUUUUCCAAUAUAAGACAGUUCUAUAGCUAGUUCCUUUUAGAGUAAAAAGUCUUAAAGUUUUAUUGUGUUCAUGGCAGGUUUGAAAAGGGUAGGAAAUGGGUCCUUCUUUCUCCCACCACUUUUGGCAUUUAAAAGUUUUAAAAUUUUCCAUCCCAUUAAAAAAAAAAUUGAGUUGCUCUCUGCUAAUCCAAAAAUUGUGCCCAGAUUAAAACUAUUUCAAGUUCACCUCUUGGCUUAGUUUUUUAUAAAGCUAUCUCUGGAUGAACAGGGCUUGAAAAGCUCUCAAUAAAUUCUAGACGUGCUUCUUCUUGAAACUGUUUUUUGUUUAUCCGAACAAGGAUGACUAAGGGAGCUUUGAUCCCCCCCAUACACACACACACACAUGCACACACACAAACUGAAAACUGUUUUCCCAAAACCAGAAUCUUAAAAAAGGGAAAAAUUGAAUGUUUCACAUUGGCCCCGCCUUUGGCCGUUUUCAGAUUUGUUACCAUUGACUGCUCUCCCAGCCUACAAGUCUGGUGCUUGGAACACCCACUCCUCUUACAUCCUGCUUCCCUUAGAGCACCAGAGCUAGGAAAUUAUACCAUGGGAUCACGUGUUUCAACGGCCCCUUGCAGCUCAGGCUCAUUCUUCUUCUCUGAUUUCUGGUUUUUGAAUGCUAUGCUUUCAUUUUAAUGGUAUUGUUUUCUGUAAGUUCAAGAGAGGUGGGUUUGCCAUUCGGGUUGGAACAUCUGAGUGUUCUUAGCUUUGGGCUAGAAAUGAUCCUUUUGUACCAACUUGUGAAGCUGGUAGUUGGACCUGUAGAAAGUAGUGGAUGUUUCUCUCUGAGUGAAGGGAAUGGGGAGCUUGAAGGAGUCAGUAAUGAGAAGAGUAACUUGUAAGGCCGAGGAGACUGCUCCCUGAGCUGGAGAAGAGAGCUCUAGCACUCCUUGAGUAGUGUGAGUCUGACUGCAUGGGGCACCCUUUGAUCCUUCGGAUGUCUGAUUCUUGGUGUUCUUUUUACUGACCUGGGCUUGUACUGCUCCUGAGCCAAUAAGGGCUUCCAGACCUGAGGAUUCAUUUCCUUGAUGAACCUGAAGCCCCACCCUUCACUUUUUUACAUUCCUCUUAAUCUAAGUGAUCAGAGUUCCCAACCUGCCCUUUAUCCUCUCUCCAGGACACCACGAUCUAAGAAGGUAAAAGCAAAGGUUUUUAAAGACCAUACUUUGGGCCUGUCCUUUUCUUCUUGCCUUCUCUCUUAAUCCUGUACAUUAUUUGUGUUUUUCAUCCCUUUGGUCCAAUGUCCAUCUGCUGAUUUGCAUAAUGAACUGGACAGUGUACAGUGGUUCCCUACUAACCCCAGCUCUGGGAGCCUCGCCGUCUCCCUUAUCUCUGGUGCUUCCGACGCCGGUGAGAUGGUCCUGUUAAAGUAGGAACCAAAAGGAGGAGAUCCUCCACAGCAGAGCUCACUUCAACUGGAAUUGAGGUCGCACACUGUGAUUUCACAACCAAAAGCCAAAAGGAGCCGGCCACCUUAGGCCUUGGGCAACCAGCCUUCCUCUGAGAGGCCUGCCCGAAACCAGCAUGAUGCUUCCAAGAGCCCUGCUCUGCCCCUAGUGGCAUGGAUCCUUUCCCUGGUGUGGACUUAAGUCUCUGGGGAAGAAAAGUGGGUGGGGCUACCAGCACUCCAGUUUGGAAAGUAGGGGAGUUUGCCACCAGCAGUUUAUAAACUGGAAAUGCUGGUCUCUGCCAGCCUCCUCAGGCCUCCCUCAUUUAUCCCCAAGGAAAUGAGAAAUCCUUCCAGUACCAGGAUGAACGGACCACUGGAAGGGCUGGUGUGCAUGGACUUCGGUUCAGAAGAGAACUUAGAUCUUCCAGGGAACUACAGUGUUGUGGCGUCUGAUUUGUAUGUCACAUUUGUGUAAAAUGGUAUGUUCUUUAAAAUGGUGUUGAUAACUGGAAUAUUGUAUGUAUGCUUGAAGAUGCUUUGCGUGAACCUAAGACUCACUCAGCCGAUGUUGGAUUGGGGAAAAUCCAAAGCACAACUUCAAAAUAAAAUACAUUUUUAGGUUU